GACCCGGGGCGCACUUCCGCUCGCCCUUUGACCCGCUGCCCUACGCCAGUGCGUUCUGCGGUACGGUGUCUCGGGGCGCACCUGUAGGGCCGGUGGGGAGUGCGGUGUGCAUUUCUUCUGCUAGAGUCUGAAAAGGCGCGGGGAAGCCACAGGGUAUGCGCCUUCCGCUUGCGGCGCACGAGCUGCCCUUAAGUUGCGCGGGCCCAGCCCCCACACUGAGAGCCUCGUGAAGGCUGAAGGCUGCGCGCGGGCGUGGAAAGGGCGGGUCCUCGGCGCCCUCGCGUCCCAACACCCCUUAAGCAUGCCCGCGGGAGUGUCCUGGGCCACCUACCUGAAAAUGUUCGCGGCCAGCCUCCUGACCAUGUGCGCCGGGGCCGAAGUGGUGCACAGGUAUUACCGGCCGGACCUGACAAUACCUGAAAUUCCACCAAAGCCUGGAGAACUCAAAACGGAGCUUUUGGGACUGAAAAAGAGACAACAUGAACCUCAAAUUUCUCAGCAAUAGAAACCUCAAAAAACUUAACUCUGCCAAGAACUCCAUGAAUAAUAUUAUAAGUAUUAAAUAUGUAUUUUUAAAGUUUAUUGAGUUAGCCGGGUUGUCUUUCGGCACCUAAAGCAAUCUUCACAGCACGAGGAGGUGCCCAGGUGUUAACUGAUGCACUGAGAUUUAAUUAUGGGUUGACCAGUGUUUCUUGGAAACUGCCAAAGUGUGUAUCAUCAGCUUUUUGAAUGUGGUUGAAUAGAUACUUAGUCUUGAAUAUCACGUGAGAAAGAAUAUUUACAGUGUUUCCUGCUCUUAUAAUUCUGGUUUAUUUCUCUGAGGAAGCUUGACUGUCAUGAAAAAUGGGAAUUAUAAAUUAACUAUAAUAAAAGUGUCAUUGACAAUUAAA